AUGAAGCCAGAAGUGGAUGCCCAGAGCAGCAGCCGGCCGUGCCCGGAGCCGGGCUUCCUCGGGGGCCAGGGCUGCGCUCGCCCCUGGCCCGUCCCCGCCGGGGUUUCCAAGGAGACGUGGGCCGCCGUCUGCGCCGCGGAGCCGCCCGAGCACGACCAGGGCCGGCGGGAAGCGCGGCCGCCGGGCCGGCUCUUCGCCCCCGAGCUCGUUGGCCAGGAGGAGGCGUGGCGGGGAGACCAGCUGUCCUCCCAGCUCUACAGGAACAAGCAGCUUCAAGACACUUUGCUUCAGAAGGAAGAGGAACUUGCUAGGUUACAUGAAGAAAAUAAUAACCUCCGACAGUACCUGAAUUCUGCCCUGGUUAAAUGUUUAGAAGAAAAAGCCAAGGUAUUUUGUUCAGACCUGUUCCAAAAGACCUCUACUAUUCUCAAAAACACCAAAAAGAGAUUAAAAGAGGACUACUGCUUUGCUCUUCAAGAAACUCCUCAUGCUUCUAAAGCUAGAAGGAACCUCUUUAAUGAAUUCUCUGCCUGUGAAGAGCAAGCCAGCCCUGCUGUGGACAGCUGGGUCUUGGAGACUUUAGGAUUAAAAGACGUCAACACCAUUGAUGAAUCUUCAGCUAACUACAGUGCCUUGACUUCGGACCUUGGAAAAGACACAUACUGCCUUAGCCCUGGUGAAGCCAUCGACUAUGACCACAGUGAAGCAGUGGCAGCAGCAUACAGCUGCAGCCACAUGCCUCCAGCUGACAGUACGCAUCCAUACAGUGAGGACUCUUCCUUCCUUUCUCAGUUUCCUUCAGCACCACACACCUCACCGGAGCCAAGCAUUUCCUCCCUUCCAGCCUAUGAGUUGCCAUAUUUGACUAACAAUUUGUCACCUAACAAAACAGAAGUGGCCUUCACAACAUUUCUAAGUCCUCACCGCAAUGUGAGAACACACACCUUCCAACAAGGACAAGCUUUUGUGCGCAGAGAAGAUGAUGGAGGAUGGAGAUUCACCUGGGUGCCUAAACAGGCUGAAUAA